UGUCUUCAGGUGCAGGAUCAACCUCCUCCCCAUCAGGGCGAGACACGUCCAGGAGAGGCCAAUCAGCACAGAGCAGCGAACGCGGCAAAGUUUCGACCCAGACCAUCAGGUAGAGGGAAGACGCCGACGGUGCCCAGAGGAACAAGCAAUAGGCCCGUUAUGGGAAGAGGAAGCAGAGGCCAACCUGCUGGACACAGAACGCUGCAGGAGGCGGAGCCUAAAGGAGUCUCAGGGAACCAGAUGGGCAUCCAGCAGGAGGAUGUUGGUGGAGAACUGUAUCUGACUCGUCUGUACGGCAAACUCCCUCAUGAAGGUCUGAGACGAACCCUGAAGAAGAGCCCGUACCCUCGUUUCAGCUCCCCCGCAUCCCCUCUGGGCAGGAAGCUCCGCCCCCGACUGGUGGAAAGCAUCAGAGGGGUAAGGGUGAAGUCCUGUAAGACUCAGACCAGCUUCUCUCCUCUCCACAGUCUGUCGGCUGAGCCUCCAGUGGAUUAUACUGGAAGCUCCACUGGUGCCACGGCCAUCCCACUGCGUCCCCCCAGGAUACACUCCUCCUCCAGGAGGGAGCAUCCUCAGGAAGCUCCUCCCAGGAUACACUCCUCCUCCAUGAGUGGGCAUGGUCAGGAAGUCCUUCCUAGUGCUCUGCCAGCUAGCGGCGCGGAAAGUAACGACAGCACCGAUUACCAACAGAAGCAACAGCCGAUCACAGAAAAGCCUUCAUCUUCUCCACUAUGCAUCAUCGAGACAGCUGCAGCUGAGCCCCAUGAAGAUCAUGAAGAAAACUUCCCUGGAAAUAACUUUCUCUCUGUCUCUGAUCUCAACCAGGAAGAGAACAGUGAGGUGGGAGAGGAGGCCGUGGUGUUGGAGGGACGCCCGUCUCCAGGUCCGGUCCGGUACCACAGCCCCGCCUUCCCACCUAGAGCCCCCUCCCCCCGCCGUGCUGAGAAAGGGGCCCCUGCGGUUACCAGCGGCCCUCGGCGGGAUGUCUUGGAGGACCGGCUGGUGGAAUGGGUGGAGCAGCAGCUGAUGUCUAGGAUGAUUGCUGACAUGUACUCCCGGCCCCCACCUGAUCCCGCCCAGAAUGACUCCACGGACCAAUCGGAGCUGGAGGAGCAGAGUCUCACGUCAGACAUCGUGGAAGCGGCAGGAGGAGGAGGUCUGCAACUCUUUGUAGACUCCAACAUGUCCGUGGACUCGGCGUUAAUUAGGCAGCUGGUUAACGAGGUUCUGAGUGAAACUGUGGCCCAGAUGCUGAACCGCACAGAUGCGGCUCCAGAGCCAGAAGUGGAAGCAGCUGAAUCACAGCGUAACGAGGAAACGGAGCAGCCGCCGGCCCCACUGGUUCCCACUCCGGUCCCAACGCCUCCACCCAGUGGGCCCCAGCCCAGCAGAGAGAGCCCCCCUGCAGCCACGCCUCCUCCAUCCACACCACCCAGCCCAGUUAUCCUGGAGUCUGCGGAGCCCGUCCCUACAGCAGAUCCCGUCGCUACGCCGACCGCCACGCCAGAGCCCCGUUCUCCUGAAGAAAGUCCCCCUGCUUCUCUUCAAGCCCCGCCCCCUAAACUUCCCCUGGAUGAGGAUGGACCAGAGGAGGAGCUGGAGUCACAGAAGCAGCCUUUGGUGGCGUCCAUGGAAGAGGAUGAGCCUCCGGCCUGCCGCCCUGCUGCUGCUCAGUCUGAGGCUGAACCCAGUCCUGCUCUGCCGCCCAGCCUUUCAGAAACCAGCAGCUCCAGCAGCAGCAGCAGCAGCAGCAGCAGCAGCUCUGUAACAGCAGAAACCGAAGCAGCUCUGAAGCACAUCUCAGAGGGAGAGCUGCUCAUCAGUGCCAACCAGCUGGCCCCUCUCACAGAAGAGGAGGGGCUCUGCAGCUUCUCCAGCUCUCUACGUGAGGUGGAGGACAUGGCCUUAGACUCCUCCACUGUGGAACAGGUUGGAGGUCGUGACCUUUUGCUGACCCUGCUGACCAAGGUGGAUCAGGGAGGACAAAGGCCGGACCCUGAGGGCUCUUGGGGGAGGGAGGAGAUGGAGGAUGAGGUGAGCCUGGGGGAGGUCAGAGACUACGGGCAUCUAAGACCUCAGAACCGGACCAGAACUGUGGGUCUGCUGGACCAGACGUCCGCCUGCGGCCAGAACAGUCCGCCUGCAGGUACGGAGGGAGGGGCUUAGAGCACAAACAGGAAGAGCCAAACUAACAUCGUCACAGAAAACAGCAUUCUGCAGAACAUCUGGAUAUUAAUAUUCAAUUUAAAACAUGGAUAAAAUUGAAUUAUCUGAAAUCAGCCGUUCCAUAGAUGGAAACAGAACAGCCGCCAUGUUUGGCCUCCCUAGAAGAUCCGCUCUGAAAGCAGGCGCCAAGAUUCUAACAGGCUCUAAAAACACGAUAACCUUAGCAUAGGACCUGCAGCGGGUUCGGCAGCGUACAAAAACUAAAGUCUAAAAUAACGUGUCAUGGCAUCUUUACCUUCAUACCUUCCAGUUUGGGACGAAUCAUUUGACAUCCCCCUAAAUACAAAUCAUUAUAAAUAUCCAGCAGGCUCCCAGCAAGUAACCAUGGCGACGUUGUCAGGCAUGCAGAGGGCGACACUUCUUAGAAACAUCCGACCAACAACUUCCUGUAUGACGUCAGCGACUCACUGAAGGAAAAGUCCGUCAGGAUUAUCUGUUCGCAUCAAGUUCAAAUGGUUCAGUCCAUCUGCUGCGCUGAUUUAUAACAAAUCAUUAUCAUUGACGUGGAAAUUAAUGACAUGUUGCCACAAAACAUUCAGAAUAAUUCAAGACGUCACUAAAAACCUGAAGUCGAGUAACAAAGUACUAAUACUUCAUUACCUUACUGAAGUAGAAAUAUUGGCUAUCUAUACUUUGCUGGAGUAAUUUUUAUCAUUUCCACCUCUUCUUGACGGCAAUAAAGAGUUCGUUACUGCUGGUGUGAAGUCAGUUUUAUUGCAAAUCUUCUUAUAAUUUCUUUGCCACUUUGAACUAAAACACAACAUAAACUUAAAUGAGAUGGUGUCAUGAGUACAAAAUGACAUAAAAAAUAAUAUAAAUAAAUAUA